GCAAUGGCCAUGCAGAUGCAGCUGGAAGCAAAUGCAGAUACAUCAGCAGAGGAAGAGAGCUUUGGCCCACAGCUCAUCUCUAGGUUAGAGCAAUGUGGAAUAAAUGCAAAUGAUGUGAAGAAAUUAGAAGAAGCUGGAUUUCACACAGUUGAGGCUGUUGCUUAUGCACCAAAGAAGGAGCUACUAAAUAUUAAGGGCAUCAGUGAAGCCAAAGCUGACAAAAUCUUGGCUGAAGCAGCUAAACUGGUUCCGAUGGGUUUCACCACAGCAACGGAGUUCCACCAGCGGAGGUCAGAGAUCAUCCAGAUCACCACUGGGUCCAAAGAACUUGAUAAACUUCUGCAAGGAGGAAUAGAAACAGGGUCCAUAACAGAGUUAUUCGGGGAGUUUCGUACUGGAAAAACACAGUUGUGUCAUACCCUGGCAGUAACCUGUCAACUUCCCAUUGACCGAGGUGGUGGUGAAGGAAAAGCUAUGUAUAUUGACACAGAAGGGACCUUCCGUCCAGAACGUCUUCUUGCUGUGGCUGAAAGGUAUGGCUUGUCUGGCAGUGAUGUCCUAGAUAACGUGGCAUAUGCGCGAGGUUUUAACACGGAUCACCAGACCCAGCUGCUGUAUCAGGCAUCCGCUAUGAUGGCUGAAUCACGAUAUGCGCUGCUGAUAGUGGACAGUGCCACAGCCCUUUAUCGGACAGAUUACUCAGGAAGAGGUGAGCUGUCAGCUAGACAGAUGCAUCUGGCCAGAUUUCUGCGCAUGCUGCUUCGACUUGCAGAUGAGUUUGGCGUGGCAGUUGUGAUCACUAACCAAGUGGUAGCACAAGUAGAUGGAGCAGCCAUGUUUGCUGCAGAUCCCAAAAAACCUAUUGGAGGAAACAUCAUAGCACACGCUUCCACCACGAGACUGUAUCUGCGAAAAGGCCGAGGCGAAACCAGAAUCUGUAAAAUCUAUGACUCUCCUUGCCUUCCUGAGGCUGAAGCGAUGUUUGCUAUUAACGCUGACGGAGUGGGAGACGCUAAAGACUGAAGCCUCCGUUUCGUUUCCCGUGUAACCCAAGACUGGGUGUCCGUAAAAGGCUCCUUUCUUUGUGGCACCUUACAGACGCUUUCCCAACGCAGCCGCCGUGCAAACGCUGGCAGAGGAAUCUCUUGUAUUUCAGCAGAGAAGUCCCUCAGGUGAAUACACUUUGAGACACAUCUAGAGGUCUUGCUUGGAAGAGAUCUGCCCUCUUGGGCUUUAGUCACAUGUUAGAUUAACGUGGUUCCUUGAGAACCUUUUCAGAGGACCGUAGCCUUCGUAUUUUCCUUGCGGCUGUUGCUCCAGCUGGAUUC